AUGAGUGUGCCGUCGGCGGCAAAAAGGAGAUGCGCAUCAGUGCGUUUGGUGACUCCCAGCAAACACGGUCCAGUUGUCAACGAUGUCGGUACUCCUGUUCGCUGUUCAACGGCUUCACCAAUGAUCCCCUCAUCAACCCUUUCCAGAUUUGAUAGCCCAUCCGCAAUGGAAAGGUUGUCGGAGCCGCGCGUAAAGGAAGAAACCGAUUGUUAUGGCACUCCACCGGCCCAUAACGAAAAUUCUGCCAGUGUCACCCCUAUGCCGAAGCCGACCAUCUCACAUGAAGAACGGAUAUCUGAGCUGCAGAAAGAACUACAGCUGGUUGAAGCCGGUAAACAUCCGAAAUUUCUGGAAAAACUUCGUGAAUUCCAUCAAAAGCAGGCAGAUGAACUGGAAAUGAUCGAUAUUAUGUAUGAGAGAGAGAAAGAGGAAAUUGAAAGGAAAUACCACAUGGAACAUGCUUCAAUUCAACGGGAAUUGAAAGAAAGAGAGGAAGAAUUAGUUCAGGCCUUGCUGCUCGAAGUAGAUGACCGAAUAAGGUUCAUUGAAGCUGAGGUCGCUGUGCUCGAUGUAGCUGGACCUGCCUGUCCAACCUUUAGCAUGAACAAGAAGUGUCUUCGAAGGUACGUUGAUGAACAAGUUGCAAGAGUGCACAAAAACCCACCAAGAAUUGUUCUUGAAGGCAGU